CAAAAAUGCUCCGUCCUAGCCCACAAGUCACACAAUUGACUGCAUAAUGGCGCCGCAAUUCGAGCCCCUCAAAAAUGACCUUCUGCUUCGCGCAGCCAGAGGCGAGAAGACGGAGCGUGCGCCGGCGUGGGUGAUGCGUCAAGCUGGACGCUACUUGCCCGAGUAUCAUGAGGCAAAGGGAAAUCAUGAUUUUUUCGAGUGCUGUCGCUCCCCCGAGAUUGCGUCCACGCUCACACUACAGCCGAUCGAGCGAUACGAAGGACUGGUCGAUGCAGCCAUCAUCUUCUCCGAUAUAUUGGUGAUCCCGCAAGCCAUGGGCAUGGAAGUCGUCAUGGUGGACAAGAAGGGGCCGCACUUCCCAAACCCACUCAAGUCGCCUAAGGACCCGCAAUAUCGCGAGGUGAUGGAUCGUGCCGUGGAUGUGGCGAAGGAGCUGGAUUAUGUGUACAAGGCAAUCACCAUGACGAGGCAUAAAUUGGCAGGGAGAGUACCACUGUACGGGUUUUGUGGUGCGCCGUGGACGCUGAUGUGUUACAUGGUCGAGGGGGGCGGAAGCAAAAUCUUCAAGGAGGUAAAGACGUGGAUGUACAAGUACGGAGACGCUAGCAAAGCGCUAUUGCAAAAGAUAGCAGAGCUUUGCGUCGAAUACCUGGCGUUGCAGGUGCAAGCUGGUGCUCAGAUUAUCCAAGUGUUCGACUCGUGGGCAGGGGAGCUGUCUCCCGCGUCCUUCAAGCAGUUCUCGUUACCCUACCUUGUCCACAUUGCCGACAACCUCCCUAGGCGUCUGGAAGAGCUCGGACUGGAACGUGUACCCAUGACCGUCUUCGCAAAGGGAGCCUGGUAUGCGGUGGAGGAUCUUUGCAAAACAAAGUACGAUGUAAUAGGCUUGGACUGGUUACAUGACCCGGCCACGACAUACAAACUUGCCCGCUCGUACGGAAAGACGCUGCAAGGCAAUGCGGACCCAGGUGUGCUGUACGGCAGCCAUGAAUCGAUAACCAAAGUGGUCGAAGAGAUGGCAGCGGGCUUUGGCGGGGGAAAGCAGGGCUGGAUCGCGAACCUUGGGCACGGAAUAACGCCGUUUGUCAACCCGGACGAUCUCAAAUUCUACUUUCAAGAGCUGCAACGCGUGACGUCGAAUUAGCAUCACGCUAGACACGUAGAUCCUAAAAUGGGAAAGGAGGAGAAAAAAAAGAAAUAAAUGAAAGUAGAAUCUUUGACGGACUCUCUAUUCACGCAGGGGGAUUCUCGCCGAUGUCCUCGUACCACUCCUCCGGUUUCUCUCUGAUGAAUUUGGCCAUGAGCUCCUUGCCCUCCGCGCAGUCUAGCACGACAACUUCGAUGCCUCGCGUCUUGAGGUAAUUCUCGCCACCUACGAACGUUUUGUUCUCGCCGAUGACGACGCGCUUGAUGCCGUACAUGACGCAGGCUCCUGUGCACAUGUCGCACGGGCUCAGGCUGGUGUACAUGGUCGCGCCCUUGUAUACAGAUCCGGGCAGUCU